AUGGCGACCCGGGAGCCCCAGUUCAACCAGCAAGUCCUCGUGGACACCACGCCCAUGCCGGCGCAUAUCCCCAAGGUGGACGAGAUCGGGGCCACGAGUGCGCCGCUGACCAGCGCGGCUUAUUUCAUUGGGGACCGGUGCAAGGCGUACAACGAUGACUUUAUGAAGUGUAAGAUGGAGGCCAACGGGAAGGGCGAGACGGAGUGCUUGAAGGAGGGGAGGAAGGUGACGAGGUGUGCGGCUAGUGUGAUCAAGGAUAUCAACACCCACUGCUUGAAGCAGUUCACGGCCCACUGGGAGUGUCUGGAGAACCACAACCACCACCUGUGGGACUGCCGAAAGGCCGAGCAGGAUCUGAAUUCGUGUGUUUUCGAGAAAUUGGGCCUCAAGAAAACCAUCCCCGGCGCCCCCGAGAACCAAGUCCCCGUGCACCUGCGCCCCAAGCAGAUCUUCUCCAAAUACCCUGGUCCUCAGUUCUAA